GACCUCAUAUGAUACGGACCCGAAACAGAGUAAACAAUAUGUAUACAGAGUACCUAUACAUACGGAGUAACAGACACAAACAUAUUCAUAUAAACAGCAGAAUAUAAAUGAUCGUUUGUUUUCUUUAUAAAUAGAAACAAAUGUUUCCGAAUUCGUAUUUAGAUCAUCUCAUAAAUCCAUCCUUUUGGUCCCGUUCUUCUUGCGGCGUAGAAAGAUUAGUAAAACAUGUGGAGUUUAUCGAAAAACAUAGCAAAAUAGUUCUAGAAAAUACUCCUCAUGAACUGAACGUUCCCUAUGGAACCGAGUCACGGGAAAUUUUAAACAUAAUUGGAACUGAUUUACCCGAGGGUUCUCCCAUUUUUAUUCAUGUUCAUGGUGGGUAUUGGCAGGAACAAUUAGUAAGGAGCGACAAUGGCAUUUUUAUCGCAAAAAAUUUAUACUCUAAUGGCAUAAAAUCUAUUUUUGUAGGCUAUGAACUCUGCCCAAAAGUGACACUGGAGAAAUUAGGUCUAAACAUCGAAAUUGCUUUGAAAAAAUGUUUAGAAUACGCAAAAAAGCAUGGAACUAGUGGCAUUUACCUUGCUGGCCAUUCGGCAGGAGCUCAAAUAAUCAGCAUGCUGUUCAAAUCUUUUAUUCCAAGUCUUUCAAAGGAAGACCAAUCUUUAUUCAAGGCAGCGUUUCUUAUAACAGGAGUAUACGACGUAACCGCAGUAUUACACACAAACCUCAACGACUUACUUCACUUGGAUCAACAAACCGCUGUCAAUGCUAGUCCCUUAUAUCAAGACUUAAGAAACACUAAUUGCCACAUGGUAGUAGUGACGGCAAAGUUUGAUACUCCUAGGUUAAUCCUACAAGGAGAAGACAUGUAUAAAUACCUUAAAGGUAAAGGUUUUUCUACAGAGUAUAUAUUUUUGGACGAUCUAGACCACUUUGAUGCUAUAGAAUGUUUAUAUAACAAGGAGAGUGAGUUGACUAAAAAUAUGAUUAAAUGCUGUACGACGAAGUAGAAAUAACUGCUUAUACAGGGUGGCCAAAUGGAGCCGCUAUCAGGCAAUGUGCCAAAAUUUUAGAAAAACGCAAGUAGUGUAGCUGGUGAGGUACUGGACCACUUUGGUAACCAUUUCAUCAGAGUCUGCCGCUCACGUGCGUUUAUCUGAAAUAGUGACGUAGUUGGUGAUGGUAACUAUGUGUAGUUUUCCAUUUGGCCAUCUGUAUACAAUAAAUCUUCUAUUUUGGGUUAAGAAUAAAGAUAUAAGCAAAU